AUGCGCGGUUUCCAAGCCCUGCUUGCGCUUGUGUUUUUGGCGCCCCUCGUCUCCCCGCUCCCCAUUGUCCACGAAUCCCCAAACUCCGACACUGGUGUCGGCACGCGGUCUUUUUUGGAGCCGGGCACCCUACUCGGACGACGUUAUUCUGUGCAAAAUCAUGGCUUCGCCUCGACCCCCGCGCCGCCAUCUCCGCGCUAUUUCGCGAACCAUCAGGUCUCUCGCCGCCGCCCCAUGCCUUUCCCGAAGUACCUUGCUGAACGCGCCGUUGCCGUUCAGGCCCGAGCGGAAGAACACUCAGACGUGAACUAUGUCUCUUAUGUUGGCGCACAUCCCGAAAAUGUAUCCCCGGCCCUCUCAUCUGACGCAUCCACGCACGGCCCGUCGAUGGACCUCGAUUACAAUACUUCUAUCACCCUCGUUCCGCGACCGACGGCCACUACGCACGCGCAUGCCAAACAGGCCGAGGCGACGGCCAAGCAUGUGAAGGUCAAGUCGACACACAAGACGGCUAGCUAG